AUGUUCCGGAGUCUUCUCCCCCGGACGACGCCGCGGGCUGCUGUCCGCUCUGCUCGUCCCGUUCCCUCGCACAUUGUUCCCGCUCCUUAUUUCCCUAUCCUCCGAUCUACUCGCGGAUACGCUUCAGAAUCCGGUAGGUCGUGCCUCUCCGUCAUCAAGGACAUCUGUUGGGCAGCUGUCCCGAGCUUCCGAAGGACCACAGCUAACGGCCGGGAUGCGCUCGGUACAGGUGAACACGAUGUCGUUAUCAUCGGUGGUGGUGUCGCUGGAUACGUUGCUGCCAUCAAGGCCGGCCAGGCUGGUCUGAAGACCGCGUGUAUCGAGAAGCGCGGCCGUCUCGGCGGUACCUGCCUCAACGUCGGCUGUAUUCCCUCAAAAUCGCUUCUGAACAACUCCCACCUCUACCACCAGGUUCUCCAUGACACGAAAAAGCGCGGUAUCGAGGUCGGUGACGUCAAGUUGAACCUCGCGCAGAUGAUGGCGGCCAAGGACACUUCCGUCGAGGGACUGACCAAGGGUAUCGAGUUCCUGUUCAAGAAGAACGGCGUCGACUAUGUCAAGGGUACCGGUGCGCUCGUUGACGAGAACACCAUCAAGGUCAACCUGCUUGAGGGUGGUGAGCAGACUCUCCGCGGAAAGAACAUCAUUAUUGCCACUGGUAGUGAGGCCACUCCUUUCCCCGGCCUGAAUAUCGAUGAGACGAGAAUCAUUACCAGCACUGGUGCUCUUGCUCUGAAGGAGGUCCCCAAGAAGAUGGUUGUUAUUGGUGGUGGUAUCAUUGGUCUGGAGAUGGCCUCCGUCUGGUCCCGUCUCGGAGCUGAGGUUACCGUCGUCGAAUUCCUGAACCAGAUCGGUGGUCCCGGUAUGGACGCCGAUAUCGCCAAGCAGGCCCAGAAGAUCCUGCAGAAGCAGGGUAUCAAGUUCAAGGUUGGCACCAAGGUCACCAAGGGUGACGACAGCGGUGCUACCGUCGCUCUCUCCGUUGAGUCUGCUAAGGGCGGCAAGGAGGAGACUCUGGAUGCUGAUGUCGUUCUUGUCGCCAUCGGCCGCCGACCAUACACCGAGGGUCUCGGCCUCGAGAACGCCGGUCUUGAGAAGGACGAGCGCGGCCGCCUGGUGAUCGACCAGGAGUACCGCACCAAGGUCAACCACAUCCGUGUUAUCGGUGACUGCACCUUCGGCCCCAUGCUUGCCCACAAGGCUGAGGAGGAAGCCGUUGCCGCCAUUGAGUACAUCACCAAGGGUGUCGGCCACGUCAACUACGGCGUCAUCCCCAGUGUCAUGUACACCCACCCCGAAGUCGCCUGGGUUGGCCAGAACGAGCAGGAAGUCAAGGCCGCUGGUGUCAAGUACCGUGUCGGUACCUUCCCCUUCAGCGCCAACUCUCGCGCCAAGACCAACCUCGACACUGAGGGUCAGGUUAAGUUCAUCGCUGAUGCUGAGACUGACCGCAUCCUUGGUGUUCACAUCAUCGGCCCCAACGCCGGUGAGAUGAUCGCCGAGGCCACUCUCGCCGUCGAGUACGGCGCUUCUUGCGAGGACAUCGCCCGCACAUGCCACGCCCACCCUACCCUCGCCGAAGCCUUCAAGGAGGCUGCCAUGGCCACCUACGACAAGGCCAUCCACUUCUAA